ACAUUAGUACUUUGUAGGUACCGUAGACCGUAACUCCAAACUGAAUAUUAGUAUUUAGUUAUUACAUUAUUUCAGUCAUCACGUAUUUAGUAUUUAUUCAGAGAUUUUUAAGAAAGACUAAUAAAAUUGUUCUUAAUGUUAAUUAAUUACUAUAAAAACCAUGAUGUUUUGUACUAUAUACCACAUUAAAAACCAGUCGAAUCUAGAAAGCGAAAAACGUUCUUUAAAUUUACGUUAUAAUAUAGAACACCACAAAAAUCAAUAAAUGAGUUAUUAACUUAUUUUCUAUUAACAUUUCAAACUAAGAAUUCUAAAUUGUUUUCCUUACAUUAAAGAAACAAUGGAGUUUUUUAAUUUUUUGGCAGAUUGUUUAAAAAAAAUGAAAUCUGAUGACACAUUACCACGAGUCACAUCCCCACGCAUGUAUAAUGAUGGCAAUAUUACAUUUGAAGGGUUAAUGGUGAUUUUUGCAUCAUUUUCCACAUAUUUGCAAUAUUUAAACAUUUAUAAAUCAGUGUGGUGGUUACCAAAUUCAAAUUAUGCAUCAUGGAAAAUGCAUUUAAUUGAUUAUCAAGUGGUUGUAUUUAUAUUGGCUAUGCAUUGUCGAAGAUUUAUAUAUUGCUUAAUAACAUGGGUUUUCCACAUGUUAUGUCCUCAACAUUAUUGGAAAUUUAUCAGACUGUUCAUUAGAUUAUUUGUUUCAGUCAUACUAUUCCUUUUAUUAGCCUUAUUGGCAUUUGAUCUCUAUUUCAAGUAUGAUUAUUUAAUAAUUAUGUACUUAUUUAUGCCGAUUAUUGGUUAUUUAUGCUAUUAUGGUUUCAAAGCAUGUCCAUUUUUCGACAUGAUGUGUAUUAGCGAAAAAGAAAUAAUUAUCAAUGGAAAACCAUUAAUUCAGUAUACAAAUAUGCACAUAUGUACAUCAAACCCAAAAAUAAUUCGAUCAGAAGUGGAAAAUAUGAGAGAUGAUUUUAACAAUAGACUAACCCAAAUACUGUUUUCUUCUUUUUUCUCAGCAUAUUAUGCAUGUUUUUUACCACUAGUAUUUGUACAAACUUAUGUUGUCUAUGAAGAACAUUGGGUGUUAAUGCAUUUUCCUUUUGUUAUGAUGACUAUGGGCAUGAUGCUAUGUAUUCAUUAUUAUCCUGUUAAGUAUUUUGAUCACUUACACAAAGCAGCUAUGCACUUGGGUCGUUGGAAGAGAGUAAAAUUAGAUCGUCCUCACUUACCCAUACAUUUAUGGUCAGAAGAAGUGGUAUGGCAACAAGGAUCAUUGGUUCGACAUAAUCAGUGUUUGUAUAAAGCCGAAGGAGUGUCAAAUGUCGCUGAACCAGGCAAAAAUGCUGAUAAAGUUUUUUAUAGGAUUUUCAGUAAUCCUUCAGAAACAGUAUUUUUUACAUUAGCUUCUAUGCAAGUAUCAUUUAUGAUAGUAUUAAUAAUAGCUCUAGUCAUUAGUUUUCAAUGGCAUCAUAUAUUUUACCUGUCAUUUGUAAUGCUAUUAAAUUAUGUCACAUUGUGUAAGACUUUGUUUAAUUAUCGUAUGACUGCUAAAAUAUACAAACUGUUAAAGGAAAAAACUCAAUAAACUGUAAACAAUUUUCUGAAGUGAGAAAAACUAUUAGGUAUAUUAGACUUGUGUAAAUUUUUUAUUUUUUAUCAAUUGAUUGGACAUAAGUAUAUUUAAAACUACUAUGUAUUACGAUGAAAAACUAUUAAUUUAUUCUAGAUUUAAAUUGUAUUAUAAUGUAAGAUCUGAACAUUUUUAUUAUUAAUUUAUGUACAGUAUUUAAAGCAAAUUGUGUUGUUUUGUUCAAUUUGUGAAUAUUUGUGGUAACAAUAAUUGUAAAUCUCCUUAAAUUUUUCCAACAAUUUUUUUAAUACUCAUAUAGUGAUGAUAGCAAGUUCCUUAAUUUUUUGUAUUAUUUAUUUUUUUUUUAUUAUUGUUUUUACUUUGUACGCAAAUCUAGUCAAAAAAUUUGUAUUAUGUAAUAAGUACUGAAUUUCAAUGUAAUAUAAGUAAACGACAUUGUAAAUCUUUUUUUUUUAAAUUUUUUUAUGCAUUUGUUUAUUUAUCACAUCACGCUUUCAUUCAAUAUUUGUAUAAGUUUACCUUAAAUUAUUUAGUACUGAAACAAAUUAAGAUUAAUACAAACUUGUUAUUCAUGUUAGCUACUGAACCAAAUAAAAAUAUAUAAUAUUAUAUUUCACACAUUAAAAACUGAAAAGCA